CUUUCUUUAACUGUGCAAUUUCCUUUCCAAUCACGGAGGCUCUGUCGCUUUUUUGCACAAGCGGCUGCCAUUGUGAUGCAAAGCAGGAGAACCCCUCCUCUCCUCUCGCUUAUUAAUUAUGUAUGCGCGAAAUGACGGAUUCAUAUGUCCCGAGUUAACUGUCACGCCACAUGCUGCUGCAGGAAUGAGCCUCUUCUGCUCUUUGGUUAUUUCACCUCAUUGUCCUGCAGCGCGUAAAGAAGAAGAAGAAGAAGAAGAAGAAGAAAAGAAAAGAAAAGCCACAAACCUCCACGAUGCCGCCGCCUCAGUGCCUCCAGCUCCCCGCCCGGCGCCAACAUGCCCAGAGGAUUCUUAGUGAAACGGAACAGGAAAACCAACCCGGUGUCGUACCGGGUUCGGUCUGACGACGAGGACGCGGAGCUCACAGCGGCAGACGCGCCGCCGCCGCCGCCGCCGUCCUCCUCCUCCUCCUCCUUCUCCGCGCAUCUCGCGUCCGUCCCGGUGCGCGCACGGACGCCGACGCCCACCUGCGGGGCGGCGGCGAUGGCCCCGGAGCGCAGCGCCCGAGCGGUUCAGUUCGGGAACCCGGAGGCGGUGUACCAGCCGCUCUACAGCCCGACGCGCCCCGUCAGCCAGGACCACGACCGCUCCUACAGGCGCUUCAACCUCGGGUCCCCGGUCUCCGCGGAGUCGUUCCCCACACCGGCGGCGCUCACCGCCCUGGACCACCUCUUCGCCCCGGUGGACCUGAAGAUCGGCUCCAGCAACAGCAGCCGCACCGACACCGUCGCGGCGGCUGCCUCCGCCGGGACGCACCCCGGCGCCGCCGGGACCAAGCGGCCGUCCGGCGACGCCGAGCGCAAAGGCAAACCGCCGUCCAAGAAAACCAAAGCUAUCCGGAAACUGCACUUUGAGGAUGACGUCACCACAUCUCCGGUCCUCGGGCUCAAGAUCCGGGAGGCGCCGGUGGACCACAAGCCGCCCCGCGCGCCGUCGGCCGGCGGAGACAACGUCCCGCUGGGCGAGUUCGUGUGCCAGCUGUGCCGCGAGGCGUACGCGGACCCGUUCUCUCUGGCGCAGCACAAGUGCUCCAGGAUCAUCCGGGUCGAGUACCGGUGUCCCGAGUGCGACAAGGUGUUCAGCUGCCCGGCCAACCUCGCCUCGCACCGGCGGUGGCACAAGCCGAAGCAGCAGAGCGGCGCGGACAGCGACAAGGCGGCGGCCGCGUCCGGUAGAGCGGCGGCGCCGGAUGACGCGAAGGACUCCAGCGACAGGGACACGCCCAGCCCCGGGCCGUCCGAGUCCGGCUCCGAGGAGGGGCUGUACGACUGCCACCACUGCGGGAAAAGGUUCAAGCGCCAGGCCUACCUGCGGAAACACCUGGCGUCGCAGCACGGCUCCCCGAAGCGGGAGGAGGAGGAGGAGGAGGCGCAGGAGGAGGAGCAGCGGGACGCGCGCGCCGCCGAGCCGAGCGCGGCGCCGCUCAACCUGAGCGCGUCCGGCUGCCACGUGUGUCCGGUGUGCGGGGAGAGGUUCACCAGCCGCGGCAGCCAGGAGCGGCACCUGCGCCUGCUGCACUCCGCACAGGUGUUCUCCUGCAAGUACUGCCCCGCCCUCUUCUACAGCUCCCCGGGACUCACCAGGCACAUCAACAAGUGCCACCCGUCCGAGAACCGGCAGGUGAUCCUGCUGCAGGUGCCGCUGCGCCCCGCCUGCUGAUCCCGGGACGGACACACACACACACACACACACACACACACACACACACACACACACACACACACACGACCAGUCCCAGUCCCAGCAUUUUAAAUAGUUACACUGCAAAAAAAUAAAAAUAAAAUAACUUUAUGGCACUUUGAGGAAGUGUAACUGGUUGAUAGAAGUGUUGAAAAUCACCAAAUUUCAUCAAAAUUUUACAUUUGAAGAACUUUUAACACUGACGUUAAAUGUUUUUGGGACGUUAAUCCUUUUAAAAAAGCACAAAUAAUCAAAGAUUCUGUGUAAUUGUGAUCAAAGUCGCCGCGUUGUUGAGGUGAAAUGAGGUUCAUUUUCGCAGUGUGACUGGAAAAUGUGCACUGUUGAAGGUCAGAGGUUAACAGUUCAGUGCCUUGCUCAAGAACACAUCUGCAGGUACUGGGUGUGUAUGUUUCCGUCGCAGCCCAGGAUCCACACAACACCCCGAGUGCAGUUUGUGAACGUGACGCGUCGACACUUAAAGCCCCAGUGUCUCAUCUUUGUCAUUUGCUGGCGCCAUCUGGUGGUGAAGUUACAAACCGCAACCAACUGAGCGACCGACAGGGGACA